GCGCUUCCUCGUCUUUCUUUUUCUUCCAAUUCACUCCGAUCACAAAUUCACUUCUUUCACGUGGGGUCGGAAAGAGCGGAGUCUCCGUACUAUCACCACCCACGCAGGUUUGAAUAGUUUUGUGCCUGAAGGAGUUGAAGUCAGUGAGAAUGGCAUCAAAACGGGAAAGGGAAAUUAAUAGUGGCUCGAAGGAGGAAGAGGAGCUUAAGUUUGCGUCGGAUUCUAAAAGGCAAAGAUUGGUUGAGGAGUCUUCUCCCUCUCCUCCUCCUGUUUCCAUUGCAAAUCCUCUCUCUGGAUUGGCCAACAAUUAUGCUGAUGUAGACGAAGAGGAAGUUUAUGGGAGAAGGGAAUCGAGGACUGCUGUUGGUGAGAAGGUAAAUGGUGACUCCCAUCGAAAUGGGCAUGGAUAUGAUGAAGAGGUUGAGGAGGAGGAUGAGGAGGAUUCACAGGAACAAUUGAGUGUGGGCAGGCACAGCCGCCAGGUUGAAGUUCGGAGGGACUGCCCUUAUCUUGAUACUGUUAAUAGACAGGUUUUGGAUUUUGACUUUGAGAAGUUCUGUUCUGUGUCUCUUUCAAACUUAAAUGUGUAUGCAUGUUUAGUUUGUGGGAAAUAUUAUCAAGGAAGGGGGAAGAAGUCUCACGCUUAUACUCAUAGCCUCGAAGCAGGACACCACGUUUAUAUCAAUCUUCGAACUGAGAAAGUUUAUUGUCUUCCUGAUGGAUAUGAAAUUAAUGAUCCAUCAUUAGAUGACAUUCGGCAUGUUCUAAACCCAAGGUUUACUAGAGAACAAGUUGAACAACUUGACAAAAAUAAGCAAUGGUCUAGAGCACUUGAUGGCUCUGAUUACCUUCCUGGAAUGGUGGGACUUAAUAACAUCAAGGAGACUGAUUUUGUGAAUGUGACAAUUCAAUCCUUGAUGAGAGUUACUCCUUUGAGAAAUUUUUUCCUUAUCCCAGAAAACUAUCAGCAUAGCAAAUCUCAACUUGUUCAUCGAUUUGGUGAACUCACCAGGAAGAUCUGGCAUGCGCGAAACUUUAAAGGACAGGUUAGCCCACAUGAGUUUUUGCAGGCAGUGAUGAAAGCCAGUAAGAAAAGAUUUCGGAUAGGUGCACAAUCUGACCCAGUUGAGUUUAUGUCCUGGCUUCUUAAUACACUGCAUGCAGAUCUUAGAACCUCAAAGAAGAAUAGUAGCAUAAUACACAAGUGUUUUCAGGGUGAAUUGGAGGUUGCGAAAGAAAUUCCUAACAAACAAAUCACUGAGAAGAAAGAAAACAAUGAGGAACGAAACCACAAUGACAAACUUUCAGAUGGUGGCACUGAGCGGGAUGCUUUUGUCACAGAAACUUCCAAGAUGCCAUUUUUAAUGUUAGGAUUGGACUUGCCGCCGCCACCUCUAUUCAAGGAUGUGAUGGAGAAAAAUAUAAUACCUCAGGUUCCACUCUUCAACAUAUUAAAGAAGUUUGAUGGGGAGACUAUCACGGAGGUAGUCCGUCCUCAUAUAGCUAGAAUGCGAUAUCGUGUCACCAGAUUGCCACCAUACAUCAUUCUACACAUGCGUCGAUUUACUAAGAAUAACUUUUUUGUGGAAAAGAAUCCUACGUUGGUUAAUUUUCCUGUGAAGAACCUGGAGUUAAAAGAUUACAUUCCCUUGUCAACACCAAAGGAAAACGAGAAAUUGCGAUCUAAAUAUGAUUUAAUAGCCAAUGUUGUUCAUGAUGGCAAACCCGGUGAAGGAUCCUACAGAGUAUUUGUUCAGCGCAAAUCAGAAGAACUUUGGUAUGAGAUGCAGGAUCUACACGUCUCAGAAACUCUUCCCCAAAUGGUUGCACUCUCUGAGGCUUAUAUGCAGAUAUAUGAGCAGCAGCAGUAACAUUGAUAGAUAUAUGGUCAUUGCCCAGCGAAUUGGUUCAGGAAUCUGAAUGUCCUUUUGUUAGAACCCCCCCCAGAAGAGGAAUUAUCCAAAUCCCUGUUUCUGCUCUUUGAAGAUGUUUAGACAUGCAUGGGAACUUCGGCGUUAAACUUGUAACUGGACUUUCAUUGUUGCUUUUGUUGUAAACCCCAUCUUGCUUAGCUCCUGUUUUUGUAAGCUGAGAAUUGUACUUGAGCUGAUAGGGUGCCUUGAUUACUUGAGAAACUAGUUAAAUACACUAUUUUUUCCUUGGUGAAACAUCAUGUUACGUGUGUAAGUUCAUUAAAUCAUAAUUGCCGUUAUAUAGCUUGACAUUCAAAUUUUAGCAAAAA